ACGAAAACAUCUGUUUUUGAUGUCUCAAUAUUUACAGGUUCUCCACAUUUCCCCAUACUUUCUUAUUCUGUAUUUGAGCAUUCCACGGUUACUGGGGAAAUUCUGCUACUAGAAAUUUAUAUUAGGGGCCUUAAUAGGUAAAUAUCGCUAACAAAUAAUAAUAAAUCAAUGAAUAAUAUCGCCGGAAUUGUUAUAGCUAAGGGCGCCCUAACAUUAUCCUAAAUAAAACAAAGCCAUAAAACCGAUGGACUCCACAAAGAACAAUAGCUUUGAUGUUAUCGAGUUAGUGCGAAAACUAGCUUAGAUAUUACAUUUCAUAACCGCUGCAAGGGGUUAUCAAGCUUCUGUCAACUUUUCUAUAUAAUGUGAUCUCAGGUUACAUUAAUUCACAACUUCAUUAUUUUAAUGUAAGUCAUAUUUUAUGGAUAUCAAUAAUUUUCAGUAACCUAAGUAAGAGAAGUUUGCACUUUAAGUAAGCGAAUUUUGCACUUGAUUUAAAUUCGUAUCUUAUUUUACAAUUAAUUGAUCCAGCAAUACUCUGUACCUUUUGUUAGUGUCUAUUAAAACUGUAGUUUUAAGCAUCAACAGCCAUAACUCGCUUCAUAAGUCGUCGCCGUCGCAUCUAUUAAGUUCGCCAGAGCUCUGUGUGACUUGAUACAGUGCUUAAGAAAUAUUCCUAACUAAGUGGAGAGUUUAUUACCUACGGUAACUCAGAAAUACAGUUAUUACGACGGAUAACUAACACUUGUGAUGUGUUGUGUAUUGUGUCGUUUUCAGGACCACCCGUGGAAGUGGGGGUUACCAUGUACGUGCUCUCCAUCAGCUCUCUGUCUGAAGUGAAAAUGGAUUUCACAUUGGACUUUUACUUCAGACAAUUUUGGACCGAUCCCCGGUUAGCAUACAAAAAAAGAACCGGAGUUGAGACUUUGUCUGUGGGCUCGGAAUUCAUAAAGAACAUAUGGGUACCUGACACGUUCUUUGUAAAUGAAAAGCAAUCUUAUUUCCAUAUAGCAACAACCAGCAACGAAUUCAUACGUAUACAUUAUUCUGGCUCUAUCACUAGAAGUAUCAGAUUGACGAUCACAGCGUCUUGCCCGAUGAAUUUACAAUACUUCCCGAUGGAUCGGCAGUUGUGUCACAUAGAAAUUGAAAGUUUCGGGUACACAAUGAGAGACAUUCGGUACCAUUGGAAAGAUGGGGUGACCAGCGUCGGUAUGAGCAACGAGGUGCAGCUGCCACAGUUCCGGGUGCUCGGCCACCGGCAGCGCGCCACUGUUGUUACACUGACGACAGGAAAUUAUUCACGGUUGGCUUGUGAAAUACAAUUCGUUCGGUCUAUGGGAUAUUACCUAAUCCAGAUUUAUAUUCCCUCUGGUUUGAUUGUGAUCAUAUCAUGGGUAUCAUUUUGGUUGAAUCGAAAUGCCACACCUGCUCGAGUAGCGCUAGGUGUCACCACUGUAUUGACUAUGACGACGCUCAUGUCGUCCACUAAUGCUGCUCUGCCCAAGAUCUCAUAUGUCAAAUCCAUCGAUGUCUAUCUGGGAACCUGUUUCGUUAUGGUCUUCGCUAGUCUACUAGAAUACGCUACAGUGGGAUACAUGGCAAAAAGAAUACAGAUGAGAAAACAAAGAUUUGUGGCCAUACAGAAAAUAGCUUCUGAAAAGAAAAUUCCCGUUGAUUGCCCACCCGUAGGCGACCCACAUACUUUAUCCAAGAUGGGAACACUUGGCAGAUGCCCACCUGGAAGACCAUCGGAGGUGCGGUUCAAAGUGCAUGACCCAAAAGCGCAUUCUAAAGGCGGGACCUUAGAGAACACUAUUAAUGGAGGUCGUAGCGGAGCAGAAGAAGAGAACCCAGGCCCGCCCCCACACAUUUUACAUCCUGGCAAGGACAUAAGCAAAUUGCUCGGCAUGACUCCCUCGGACAUCGACAAGUACUCGCGCAUCGUGUUCCCCGUCUGCUUCGUUUGCUUUAACCUUAUGUACUGGAUCAUUUACCUUCACGUAUCUGACGUCGUGGCUGACGAUCUGGUUCUACUGGAAGAGGAUAAAUAGAGGGCGCUGUACAUAAUCCACUUAUUUUCCACAAUUGCAAGCUAAAUAAUAAUUUGAAACAAACAAUUAACUCUACUAUUCCCCCUGUCAGAAAAGUACCUUUUGAAAGGUCUUGAUGAAUUUUUAUUGUAAUCGGAGAGACUUUGAAUCUCGAUUUAAUUUUUAGAUAUUUAUACAUACUAUAGUUAAAAAUACUCAUAACGUACAAUUAUGUAAAUAUUUCAAAGAAUCAAAAUUAUGAUGAAUAUGAACGAUUUAGCAUAAGACCUAGAUCUUUUCUUGGAGUCCGAGGUAGAGUCCAAACGACUGACGCUUUAAGUCUUAAUAUAUCACGUCAUGCGACGUGUUGCUAUUAUUGAUUUUAAACAAAUUUAGUAAAUAAGUUUUAAUAGUAAUAUAAUUUAUUACGUUGCUACUUUAAUAUUUAACUAUUUGAAUGUGUAAAUAAAAUACAAAAUUUCUUUGACUUUGUCGUAGUUGGGUAAAAUUAUUAGUAAAGUUUAGCAGGUUAUGUCUAUUCAUAACUAGUGAUGAAGUUAUUAUCUUACAAUAAAAUAGGUGUCCUAAUAAAAUUCUGAUUAAAUUUGUGUUUCAAAGUUCCUAAAUUUAAAAUAUGGGGAAUAGUUAUUACGCCUCUACUUUUACAAAGUAAAGUUUCAAAUUAUUAUCAUUAUUAAAGUGGUAAAAUGAGUGGUCCUAAUUCACAAUAAUAAGAAUCUGAUGCUCAAAUUUCUCAGCUUACAUUAGUUUUAGUAAACUUUUGUAAUUACGUCAUAAAAUUAGUAAUUCGUUCAUUCUUUGCUAAUAUCGUUGUGACAAUAUCAUUAGGAAUUUUGUUUUUUAAUUGUAGUUGCAGACCAUUCCAAUGUCCUAAACUAUUUUUAUUUUAAUCGUAGUUUUAUUUUAUAACUUGUAAAUGAUUCUGAAUGUUUUGAGCAAUUAAUUUUGCUUUACAUCAUUGAAUGCGUGUUGAGUUUUGACCAUUUUAUUAUAUCCUUCGUGUUAUUAGUUUAGUACCUACUUACUUACUUGAUUCAAAAUGAAUUACCUAUAGAUAAAUUGGUUACAUCAAAAAUCAGCAGCAUUCAACUAUUCUUAGAACAUACAUAUUCCUACAUAUUCCUUAAAACAUUCACCUAUAACCAUAAAUCUAUUCUUAUUUCCAUCAUUAUGUUGGAGCGAUUCAGUUCCUUUAGAGGCAUGCAGGCGCCAAAUGUUAACAAUUCUAAACCCAGCAUGUAUGUUCCCACUUUCGUCAUAUUGUAUUUUCUCAAUACAUCGACUUCAAGUAUCUAAGAAAGCUUCUGGUUUAUUCUUUUCAUCUUUAUUUCGAUUUAAGCUAAAUAUUUGAUACCUACUUAUUCACUAAAAUAUGGUAUCCAAUAUUCAGAUCAAUUUUCUUUCAUGAAUAUUGCGUAGACUUAGUCCUACUACGUUACGUUCACGUGUGUAUUAUAACUUAUGUGCAUUUUUUGUAUUCAACGCCAAUAAUACCUCAACGCAUUUCAAUCAAUACAACUAAACUCGACGUAGACUAAUAACACUGAAAAGUGUGCAAAGCCAGUAGUAGUCGAAGAAAAUGUUUAAACUAUAUUUAGAUGCAAAUGUCAAAUACAAUAGCCAGAAUUUAGAAAGUUUCAAACGCAACAGUCACGAUAAUUUAAUAAAAUAUUCGACCUUAGCGACUUAGAUUUUCUCUUAAUUUUUUUAUAUCUGUAAAAUUUUAGUUGUUUUGUGACUCGCGUAAACCUUUUACAUAAUUUUAAAUAGUAAACUCUUCCAUCAAAAUAAAUUUAUAUAUUAAUAAAACUUCCAUAUGCUAAAACACAUCUUCAAACGCCGAUUGUUUACUUGUCAUUAUCAAUAAUAAUAUGCAUUUCAUCGUAAGCCGUAUGUUCUAGAUAUGUAAAGACAUAGUUCAGUCCUGUAUUUAAAUAUUACCUCUGAGAAUAUUUGCUAUUUCUUUACUAGCCGCACAAUUAGUCCAUGCAACGCUUUCUUAAAUUAGUUCAAUUUAGAUGAAUUAGCUUUUGCUCGCUAGUAUUCUACUAAAUCAGUAGUUAAAGCAUAAUUGAGCAUUAGAAAUGAGUUGUUAAUUUGGGAAUAUUAUUCGUAGGCUAGUCACUGUAAAGGUGAUGGGUGCCGAAUAAAUGUUCCUAACUUCACAACGGUUAUUACUUCUCGUACCCUCAAAUAUCUGACAAGCAGGGCUCCUGUCUUCAGCUACGACACGCAACGGGACUGCUGUGCGUCACGGGUUCCAUAUGGUUUAAAUUAAAUAAUAUUAUGACAUCCUAAAUAUUGAGGUAAGCUGGAACGAACAUAAGUUCAGAUUUACGAGUGCAUUACAAAGCGCAACCAUUUAUGAAUGAAUAAGGCCAAAGUAAAUUUUAGUUCUAUUAAAAGAGUGUUAAGACCAUGUACUAGUGCAUACUAAAUUAGAAGAUUUGGACAGAAGAGGGCGAGUUUCUAUUUAUGAGCCAUAUAAGGUGUUCUGCUGAUUCUACAUGCCCUCUACGAACACGUCUAAAAUGUACAAUAUUAUAUCAGCAGUCCAUCUUAUCUACCUUAUGGAACCUGCUCGUAGGGAAUUUAUUUCCUGGUGGAAAAGUAAAAGGCUAGAUUUAUUUAUGUUUAAAAUAUCAAAUAAGUGUGAUAAAUAUUAAAUCAAUUCCCUUAGAAGUUAGACGUAAAUUAUCAAAAGUGAAAUCACUUCGAUGUAUCGAAAUGUAUUCUAAUAAAAGCUUGAUUGUUUUUUUAUUAUUUAUUAAUAAACAUAUUUUGUGGUAGAAUGUAAAAAGUAGAUACUGUACAUUUUGGAUGACUCAUUUUAGGCAAACAUUAUUAUAAUUAUGUACUGUAUAGGUACAUUUUAGGCUGUAAUGUACACACGACAUUAUUUAUUAUAAAAUCAUAUAAAUAGCACUCAGAAUAUAAGGCACCAUGUAAUUAAUCUGUGUAUUCACUUUUAUUUCAUUGCAAUUAACUAUCGAAGUCUGUUAAAUUACUUAAUAAAAGUUAUAGAUUAAGAGCAUAUACAUAUAUGCUGGUAGUAAAAUAAAUGAAAGUAGGUUCUAAGACGCGACAUCGGCCACGUCUCUCCGAAACGAAAUUCUAAAAUAUUUGUCUAGUGACUAGAAACUAAGUUGAAGACACUUAUUUCUAAGAAAGUUUAUCUUAGAUAUUGUCUAUAAUAUGUGUAGCUGUGCACUUUCAGAAGUAAAGUCCCUUGGCAGGGAACGCUGAAAAAUGUAUUAAUUCCAUGUUUUACCUUUCAGAUGAACGACACAAACUAGCACUUAUUGAUUUAUUGAAAGCAAAACUUAAGUAGAUGGCAGGGAGAUUGACUGUUGUACCAUUGUUUAUUCUAACAAGUAUAUUCAAUUUUGUCAGCCUUCUCUGGAUAUCUUUAAGUAUAGGGUAGCAAAUAAAAACGUAGCUAUACUUUUUUAUAUUUAUCUUUUUACACCACUUAUACACACACGAUAUAAAAACAGGAAUUUGACUAGUAUAAAUUGAUUCAAAUUUAAAAUAUGAAAUUAAGUACCUGAUACAGAAAUAUAUUUAAAAUAUAUUUCAACAUUUGUUAAAUAACUGGUAGGUACGUUUGACAUCAAUUAGAUAAUUAGCGCCAAAAUUAAAAUCUAAGAUUCGCUCAAAACUUUCACUAAUCUAAUAUAAUUGAGUCAGAUAGCCAAAAUCAUCAGAGAAGAUCAAUGUUGAUCAUACUAAUAACAUCAGAUAGGCUUCAUUAUUUUCAUAACACGAAUGCAGAAAUUUAGUCAGUGACAAUUUAUACUAGUCUUUGCAUAACUGAAAACAGCUUCACUUUCAGGUUACUCCCAAACGACGUAAUUUUAUGGUCUUUCUUUCUUCAUCUAAUGAUGAAAAGACUUAACUCUGACUUAACUUUGGAUCUUACAUCAUGCUCCCUUCGUCAACUUAAAAAUCGAAUUUGAAUAACUCUGUAAUCGUAAGAGUACGUAAAAAUAAAAAUGUUGUGUCGUGCUAGAUAUGUAUAUUAGAAUUUAAUGUAUGUAUUUUUUUUCUACGUAGAGGCGUCCGUUUUUCUGGAAUAUUUGUACUAACGAUGCCAUAACUACUUAUGAAAGCCAAAAUGUAAGUUUAUCGAGAUUUCUUAUUCUUAUGGUCGAUUUAGUAAAUAGAUAAAAUAUUUGUAUGAGUUAUCUCCAUAACAGACAAGGGUUCUUUAAAUGAAAAGACAGCAUGUACUUUUACCAUUGCUGAGUGGAUUUUAACACUAUAUUUAUACCUAAUUAGCAGCAGUGAAAGUCUUUUUAUCCAUUAGAAAUUAUUUUGAGAGUAUUUACCAUUGAAAUAGUUUUAAAAUAAAAAUAUAUUGCAAAGUUAUAAGAUAAAACACCAAAAAUGCCUACCAAGCUGUCAAUCACAAUUUUUUAAUAAUAUAAGAUAAUAUACUCAAAACAUUACACAGUAAGUAGUAUAUAAACCGUUACCCGAUUUGGAUUUUUAUUAUCAGUAUGGUGUUUUUGUACGACGUUUAUAUAGCAUUUAAAAGGUUUCUUUCAACUAAGUUUACUUUAAGUACUGUACUGUAAUACUAUAUUUUUUUAUUUGCUAACAAUCCUAAUGUAAUCCGAAGAAAUGUUUCAUAACAGCACUUUUACAAAAAUGAUGUCACAAAUCCAGGGAUUCAUAUUUAUCUUAUCUUCAAAAUAAAAUUCAAACAUUCGUAAACUGAUUAACCCAGGAUUUUUUUACCGCUUGAUUCAUCGAUUUCUAAAGUUCAUCCACUGUAGGCGUAUAUUUCAAAUAGGGACGCUUUCUUUAUUGUAGUACCUGCUAGGAAAUAUUAUAUAUUUUGUCUAGGUAAUGGCUAAAGUGCUUUGAGGUCAUGUUGAAGUAAAUAAUGUAAACAAUUUAUAUUGCAGCAGCAAUUAUGAUCAAUAGUCACAAACUCAAGCAAAAAUCCACACAUACAUUUCUCACUUAGUGACCUAUUAUGUUGUUACAUCAUUAUUUAACAUCCAAAACGCUUACAGAGUUUUUUAAUAUAACGAGCUACUAAUUAUGAAAAUGUAUAAAUAGGUAUACCAAUAUUUUAUUAUUAUUAAUGUUUAUUUAUUAGUGCUAUAUAACCUGUUUUUAGAAUACCAUGUUAUUUUUCUCCAUAAACUAUGAAAAUGACAUGAUAUGUUUUGAAAAACAUCUUUACAUCGAUAUUCUCCGUUAAAAUAUUUUUAGAAAUAUAAAUUUUGUAAGUUGUAUUUCAUAAGGUAACUAUAAAUGUUAAUAAUAACAUGCAAUAAUUAUGCGCUUUUAUUAAUGUUAUUACCAAUAUUAAAAGUGUACCCUAACCCUUUAAACAAAUAGAUUUUCUCAAGAGACGCUAGCUAAAUUUAGGAAGUGGUUACAGAAUUGAAUGAUACUACCUAUUGAACGCACGUGUCUUAGAUAUUAUAGAGUUUUAUAAAUUAUAGAUUUACAAUAGUAUAAAUAACCAAAUGAUCAUGGAUGGAGGAAUAGUUGUCACUUUUAAAAUGAUGUAGCACUUUAUCGUUUAGUUUUAUUGGAUAGGUCUUCUUUAAAUGGACUAUUGCUUGUGAGCCAUAUUUUUGGUACACGUAUGCUUACCACAUAUUAAGCCAAAUGUAUCUUCACUACUUAUUCUCUUGAAGUAUUGAUUUGUUUCUAUUGCUGAUGCAUACAGUUAUACUUUGAAAAAUAGGAAAAAGCCGAAAUUCAUCUGACCUGUAAUUAAAUCUUUAAAUCUUUAUUGAAUCAUAAGUGUUAAAAUCUUUAAUUAUUGAAUUGUUUGCAUAAUUGUAAUGAUGAUUUAUUCCGUUUUCAGUUAGCUAAAAAAUAAUUACUUGGUAAUACGUAAACUCAUAGACUUACUCGUAAAUAUAUACACAUAUGAUUUACACAGUCAUUUCACUUUUACCUAAAAAGGUAAAAAAGCAAGAAACUAAGUAAUUUUAUUAAGUUUGUAGGAAGAGAAUAACAGAAUUUAACAACUGUUGCACACAAGCUUUGUAGCCUAUAACUGCAUCAUUUAUUUAAAAUAAACUCUUCAAAACUGCUGUCAUUCCUCCCUACCAUAUCAGACAUUUUCUUCCUACCACUUUCAAUUAGUUAUUAUCAGAAUAUACUUAUAAUGAUAGGAUAAACUACUAACAUUUAAGUUACCAUUAUUCAUGACUAUCUCCAGUUUCUUCCAACUCUACUGAAAGUAAUUCACGAUUCUUAAUCGCCUUCAAUAAAUAACUUCCGCACGUCUAUAUCAACUUUAUUUAAUGAAUAAUAUUAUAAAUUAACUAGUACUUAGUAAUGUUAACUGUAUUGCUCACAAGUAACAUAAACGUGUAUUGGAAAAUUCAUCUAGUCUCGGACUUAUUGCACGCUACUAACAAUACUUACAUACCUACUUUCAGAUAAAAUAGUGAUUAAGUCUGCUCUUAUUAUUUGAAUGAAAAACAUAAACACAUUGAAAAAAAGCCAAGGAAAACGAUUUGACACCACGAAUCGUAUUUUUUUAUCAAACAUUUUGGCAAGUUGCUAGUAAUUUACCCAUAUACAAGUUGCUAGAAAGAAAAUAUAUAGAACAAAUAGAUGAUUUUACAGAAAUAGAGUAUGAACAAUAUGUAAUCGUAGUAUAAAAUAGAAGGAAAUUAGAAUAAAAAGGAUAUGACAGAGUUGAUAAGGAUUGAUCACAUAUUGGUAGAUGUUUAUGUGAAACAUAAACCUUAUUUUUGACCAUUUGUUUUGGAAGCUUGAAUUAUGACCUAACACCGUUCUGUUGGUAGGAAAUGAACAUGUAAACAUUACGAUAUUUCAGCUGAUCGACUUAUUACACAUUAAUUGACUGUGGCACAUAAACUCGUAUUCGUUAUACAAUGCAUAGUCUUCUUUCUACACUAAGUCCGAAAUAACAUGGCGUGUGUAAAGUUAGUCGAUUGUCUGCGCAGUCAAAAAGCUACAUAACUUCAGAUUCGCCAAGCUAUUUUGGACGUCCGGCAUACAUACGCUUUACAAGUACAUGGUGAAGUGGCAUAGUCGAUACUGAAUCUCAAAACUAUAAUGUGUUUUCGAUUUUGUUAAUGUAAAGUGAACACUCAGAUUUAAUUAUUCUUUGCUACACUAUUGUCAUUUGUGUACUUAGGAAUUAUUAUUUAUAUGUGAAAAUGAUAAAGAGGAAAUAAAACAUUUUUCAAAUAA